GGCAACAAGGCGCCACUCAGCCGGCCGGCUCGCUGUCCGUGGUCACCACCGUGUGGGGCGUUGGCAACACGGCACAGAGCCAGGUCUUGGGGAACCCCAUGGGCCCUGCGGGGAGCCCCCCUGGCAGCUCCAUGAUGCCUGGUGUGGCAGGCGGCAGCUCCGCCCUGACCUCCCCGCAGUGCCUGGGCCAGCAGGCGUUUGUCGACGGCAGUGCCAGCAAGGGCUACGUGCAGCAAGGCGUGUACAGCCGUGGGGGCUACCCUGGGGGCUCCGGCUUCAGCACCGGGUAUGCAGGUGGUGCGGGGGGCCUGGGCCUGCCCUCCCACACUGCCCGGCCCUCCGCUGACUUCACACAAGCAGCAGCCGCUGCUGCUGUGGCUGCAGCCACGGCCACGGCCACAGCCACAGCCACCGUGGCUGCCCUGCAGGAGAAGCAGAGCCAGGAGCUGAGCCAGUAUGGAGCGAUCGGGGCCGGACAGUCUUUUAACAGCCAGUUUCUGCAGCACGGAAGCCCCCGGGGGCCCAGCGUCCCCGCUGGCAUGAACCCUAGUGGCAUGGGAGGGGUGAUGGGCCCGUCUGGCCUCUCCCCCAUGGCCAUGAACCCCACCCGGGCAGCAGGUGUGACGCCCUUGUACGCAGGGCAGCGGCUGCCGCAGCAUGGGUACCCCGGGCCUCCCCAGGCCCAGCCGCUGCCCCGACAGGGGGUCAAGAGGAGCUACUCGGAGCCCACAGAGCCGUUCAGCGGGCAGGGCGCCAGCUUCAACGGGGCCGGCGUCAGCUACAGCCUGAGUGGGCCUGCCCGUUCCAUCCCUGGCUACCCCAGCUCCCCACUACCGGGGAACCCCACACCACCCAUGACUCCCAGCGGCAGCCUCCCCUACAUGUCUCCAAGCCAGGAGGUCAAGUCUCCCUUCCUGCCCGACCUCAAGCCGGGCCUCGGCUCCCUGCACCCGUCACCCUCUGGUGGCGGCCCCUGUGACGAGCUGCGGCUGACGUUCCCGGUGCGGGACGGGGUGGUCCUGGAGCCCUUCCGCCUGCAGCACAACCUGGCAGUGAGCAACCACGCCUUCCAGCUGCGGGACUCCGUCUACAAGACGCUCAUGCUGAGGCCCGACCUGGAGCUGCAGUUCAAGUGCUACCACCACGAGGACCGGCAGAUGAACACCAACUGGCCGGCCUCGGUGCAGGUCAGCGUCAACGCCACGCCCCUCAGCAUCGAGCGCGGCGACAACAAGACCUCGCACAAGCCGCUCUACCUGAAGCACGUGUGCCAGCCGGGCCGCAACACCAUCCAGAUCACCGUCACCGCCUGCUGCUGUUCCCACCUCUUCGUGCUGCAGCUGGUGCACCGGCCGGCCGUGCGCUCCGUGCUGCAGGGCCUCCUCAAGAAGCGCCUUCUGCCCGCGGAGCACUGCAUCACCAAGAUAAAGCGCAACUUCAGCAGUGGCACCAUCCCGGGCACCCCUGGGCCCAACGGGGAGGACGGCGUGGAGCAGACGGCCAUCAAGGUGUCCCUGAAGUGCCCCAUCACCUUCCGCAGGAUCCAGCUCCCUGCCCGGGGCCACGACUGUCGCCACAUACAGUGCUUCGACCUGGAGUCGUACCUGCAGCUCAACUGUGAGCGGGGGACCUGGAGGUGCCCCGUAUGCAACAAGACGGCGUUGCUGGAGGGCCUGGAGGUGGACCAGUACAUGUUGGGCAUCCUCAUCUACAUCCAGAACUCCGACUACGAGGAGAUCACCAUCGACCCCACGUGCAGCUGGAAGCCCGUGCCCGUCAAGCCCGAUGUGCACAUCAAGGAGGAGCCCGACGGGCCGGUGCUGAAGCGCUGCCGCACCGUGAGCCCCGCACACGUGCUCAUGCCCAGCGUGAUGGAGAUGAUCGCCGCCCUGGGCCCCAGCGCUGCCCCCUGUGCUCCCCUGCAGCCCCCCGCCGCCCCCGCCCCCGGCGACUACCCUGGCCAGGGUUCCAGCUUCCUGGGGCCCGGAACCUUCUCCGAGUCUUUUCCACCUACCACGCCCAGCACCCCCACCCUUGCUGAGUUCACCCCAGGGCCACCCCCCAUCUCCUACCAGUCUGACAUUCCCAGCAGCCUCCUGACGCCAGAGAAGUCGGCUCCCUGUCUCCCAGGCCAGAUGGCACCAGUGAGCCACCUGGACCCAGCCCACAACCCUGGGCCACCAGGGCUGCACGCCUCUAACCUCGGAGGUCCCGCAGGUCCCCAGCUGCACCAUCCAAACCCUCCAGCAUCCCGGCAGCCCCUGGGCCAGGUGAAUUCGGGGCCCACCGGCGAGCUGGCGUUCAAUCCUGCCACAGGCGUGAUGGGGCCCCCCAGCAUGUCUGGGGCGGGGGAGGCCCCGGAACCAGCUCUGGACCUGCUCCCGGAACUGACCAACCCGGACGAGCUGCUGUCCUACCUGGGCCCGCCCGACCUCCCCUCCAACAGCAACGACGAUCUGCUCGCUCUCUUUGAGAACAACUGACUCACAGAUGUCUCCGAGGCCCUGCCCACCACGCCCCGCCCCACGGGACCCUGGCUGUCCCCCCCACACACCUGGGUGGCCUGCGGGGCCCGGCCUGUGCUGUGGGGUGGGGUGGGGGCCCAGGCCAGAGGCCCGCCCUCCUCCAGGCUGGCCGCUGCAGCACGGCUUUGGCCGGGGGGCCUGCCCACCCCACCUCGCCGUGUCCACACUCCUCGCCCCUGUGCUUCCAGCCCUGCCUGCUCCCACCCUGCCUGCAUCUUGUCCAGUGUUGACCCUUCUGUUCGAUCCCUUCUCCACGUCAGAGCAGGCGUGCAGCGAGGCUGGCCCUGUCUCCGGGCCUGCGGCUCCGACAGCCCCUGCGCCCAGCAGCCCCAGCUCUUGAAACCACAAGGCUCGCCAGUCAGCAGGGGCCUGAGCGCCCUUCCAGCCCGGCCAGUCCCUGGCGCAAGCUUCAGGCCAAGGCCAGGGUGGGGCUGCCGCAAAGCACAAUGGUGCGCCCUGCGCAGGGACCAGGCCAGCUGAGGCAGGGGAGGUGGCGAAGCCACCUGCCCCAGAGGGCCCCCUCUCCCCGGCUUCCCGUGUGUAGGCAGCUCUGCGAGGAACCUCCAGUGGGGAGGGCCGGGCUCCCAGACGCGCCCUGGCAGGACUGUCCAGUGGGCUGCUCUCCCGAGUCCCCUUCUGCCCAAAAGUGAAGAAUUAGUACAGCUGUGUUUUUAAAACCACCUCCCCCUGGCGCCACCCUGUGGGCUUGUGCCCGGGGGAGGGGGCAGCUGCCGCCUGCUGGCCCAGGGCCCACUCUCCCGUCUAUGCGGUCUCUAUUAAAGGACUCCCUCCUGGUGGACCUGCGGUCCCUGCUUUGUCUCCUGGGGCCGCCGGCCUGCCAGUGGCUCCACAGCCCCAGCUGUGCUCUGGGUGUUCCCAGCCGAGGCUCAGCUGCUCCCUCCCCGCGGUAAAUUUCCU